UAUAUUCUGGCAUUCUAUGGAUGAAUAAUGAAUAUAUUAUAAUUUAGUUAUCUUAAAUCGUGCYCAGUAUUUUUGACUACUGUACUAACCAUAGAGUAAUAUUACUAUAAUAUAUAUUUAURAUAAUACUUUAUGGUACUAACUACGUAAUGUACGAUAUAAUACUACACGACAUUCCACCGAGUAGAUGAAAAUGAAAUGAGCACCUAAAAUAAUUAAUAGUAUCAAGUAAUUAAUGUUGUGGUAGUAUGUGAUCUCCUACAGUUCAAUUUUUUACGGGUUUUUAUUUUUUUUUUUAACUGUUCAAUUCUUGUUGGUACUUGGUGUGCUACAGGCGCCUUAACUGAAGUAAAAUGAGUAUCCGAAACGUUUUUAACAGACAUCUAAAUUUGAAGUAUUUGCGAGUUCAAUGUUUUGUUCAGCAGAAAUUAUGCCGACAAUUAAGUUUUCAAAGCCUAAAACGUCAAAAUUGUACAARUGUCCAUCGUCCAAAUAUACAUGUAAUUGGUGACCGUUUGUUUCAAGACACCAAUACUUCUACGACUAAACUUYCAUCGUGGAAAUGGUUGUUAGCAAUUACACUUUUUUAUGCUGGGUACAGUAGUAAAAAUAUAUUUGACCUAAUAAAUCAAGGAUCAACAGAAGAAUUAACUAGAUUUUUAAAAGAUAAUACUAAGGCAGCUAAUACACUCCAUUUAUUUGGAUGGGCUCCGAUUCAUGUGGCUGCAUCAAAUAACAAAUAUGAACAGUUAGCAGUUUUAUUAAAAUCUGGAGCAGAUCCAAAUUUGAGUGAUGGGUUUACAAACUGUAUAAAUGUUUCUCGAAAGCAAAAUAUUAACCCUUCAGAUGUUCUUUCAAUUAGAGAAAACCAUUUUAUGCAAAAUUUUAAUAUUAAUGCAACAUUUCAAGGAUUUACUGCUUUACAUUAUGCAGCAUUAUUAAAUAAUAUUGAAUCAUUAAAAGUUCUAAUGAAUUAUGGAGCAGAUCCUAAUUUAAAAUCAGUUUCUGGCCAUAAACCAAUAGAUUUGGUCACAGACAUAACAAUUUAUGAACUGCUCACAGAUUAUGAGAAAGAUGUAGAUUUUAAUGUAUUACUCAGUAAAUAUGUUGCUAAAAUGAUAGGCUCUCCACCAGGGUAUGUUGGAUAUGAUGAUGGUGGUUACCUUACAAAACAGUUAGCUAAAAAUCCAAAUGCAGUAGUAUUGUUUGAUGAAGUAGAAAAAGCUCAUACAGACAUAUUGACAAUCUUGUUACAACUAUUUGAUGAGGGCCGUAUAACCGAUGGUAAAGGAAAAACGAUAGUAUGCAAAAAUGCCAUAUUUGUUAUGACAUCAAAUUUAGCAAGUAGUGAAAUUGCAGAGCAUGCUUUAGAACUAAGAAAUGAGCAACGUCAAAAUAAACUAAUAGAAGAUAGUUGGCUAUCUGAUAAAAAAACUGAAAAACAUGAAGAARUUGCAACAUUAAUCUCAAAAAAAUUCAAAGAUCAAAUUGUAAAACCUAUUUUAAAAAAACAUUUCAAAAGAGAUGAAUUUUUGGGYCGUAUUAAUGAAGUGGUGUACUUUCUACCAUUUUCAGAAAUGGAAUUGAAAUUUAUUGUUCAAAGAGAAUUGCAAUACUGGAAAGAAUUGGCUUUGAAAAAACAUAACAUACAAAUUGAAUGGGAUAGUGCUGUUGAACAUGUUAUAAUUGGUGCAUAUGAUGUAAAUUACGGAGCAAGGUCAAUUAAACACGAAGUGGAAAGGUCUGUUGUAUCUCAACUAGCUAAAGCACAUGAAAAAGGAUUGAUUAAAAAGAACCAUGUAGUAAAAAUUGAAGCAGAUAUCACUAAAGGCGAUCACGGAAAUAUCUCCYUAAAGAUAUAAAGGAAUUAUCUUUAAAAUAUUGACAAAAGUACCUUAUUUCUGAUUGUUUGUGAUAUUAAUAUAGCAUUGUACUAUUGUGUAAUGUUUGUUAUUUCUGCCGUUGCACUAUAUGUAUAAAUAAAUAAG